GAAAUUGUGCCAGCACUGGAAAGGGUGCACAAAAGAUGUUACCGUAUUUCAAUAACUUAUAAGAUAAAUAACAAAGAUAUUAAUAUUUCAAAAUAAAACAAGGAAAGUUUAACAAAGAGUCUGUCUACACCUGUGUCCAGCCAAUAAGUCGAAAAGGUUUAAGUCUUUCGUGUUGACGAUUUCUAAAUGGUGAAAACCGAUCUGCUCCUGCCCCCGGUCAUCAGAAGUUUUAUCAAGAUGAGCAUGCGCACUCGUGCCUUGGUCUUUUCCACAUUUUUUGGAAGCUGCUUGGCCAUCGGCCUGUUGCUUGUUAGCAUGACCACUAACCACUGGGUUCGCGCCAAUCCACGGCGACACAAUUCAUCAGAUUCUAAGGGCGAUGUCAAUUUUGGACUUUUCUAUGGAAACCAGCACCUAAACCUCGGCUAUGGGCCUCGAACAUAUCCGGUAGAUGUUUACACCUUUAUUCGAACUGAGAACGGCGACACAAGCUUCUGGCUUUGGCUUCUUACGACAUUGGGCACUGGAUUCGGCCUCUUGGCCUGCGCCGUGGCAGCUAUUGCUGCUGUCCUAAAGUCUGCCUCGGCAGCCAAAAGAGGAGGCACCAUGGUUCUGCUUCUUACUGCCAACAUGUCAGCCGCGGGAGCGCAGGUUGUUGCAUUUGUUGCAUGGCUAGUGCAGUUUUACCAGUAUCUCGUACACAACGUGCUACUCACCGAGCACCAGCAGCAUCACUGGUAUAGCACUGGGCUGGCUUAUCUGGGCUAUAGCUUCUACUUGGUCGUGAUAUCCACCAUUGUGGUGCUGAUCAACAUAACCAUUCUCCUAUAUGCCAGACGCCGCGAAAGCCGCGACCGCCGCCUUCGGCUAGAGCCAGAAAGCAAGGACAAGCAUCAGGCCGCCAUAAUGCUGUACUAGGAGUGGCUGCCGGAAGCAAUCCUAAAUGGACCUCAAAUGACCUCUACUCGAAUAUGGGGACGAGUAGCGACCACCAAGUAAUCUCAGUGGCUCAAAUGCUUGUGCCUUACUUAACGCCUUUGCUUGCCAGGAAGAAGGGCUACACAUAUCCACUCCAACAUAUUCCACAUAUUUACACAUAUUGAAUAUUUAUACAUACUUAACCAUGUCCGUGAACGCUGAGAUAUUUCAGUGGCCGGCUGAAGUCUGAAAAGCAUUAUGAACAAACUUGAUGGAGCAAAGCAUUUGAUACUGCCCGCACAUACAUACAUAUCUCUAUUUACUUAUACAACUACAUUUAUCUACUAUAUACAUUUUAUACACUCGAAUGACCUUUA